AAGCACUGGACUCACGUUCAUCCAGGGAGCGCGAGGGCUCCGGAAGUGAGGUGGUGGAACAUUAAGGACGAAAACAUCUGGACUUCAUUUGUACACUGGAGAGAGAGAAAAAUUCACAAUGCACAAAUCCUGUAAAUCUAAUUAGUGACUAUGAAUAAAGGUAGAGGAUUCAUCUGAACAUUCUAAGUGAAAACCAUUAGCCCGCAAAUGGGAAUGGUGUUCGUUCAUAUUCUGUAGUAGGACGUUUUUCUACAGUGGUUUUGAGUGGGGUAAUGUGUGUGUGACCGGCGCGUAAUGUGCGCGCGCCUCCCUGUAGUUGCAUAGCCCGUGGAGCUGUUGUUCUCAGAGUUGGAGAAGGGACAAUCACACGGACACUGGGAAUAGAGUAUGAGCCUAACGAAAAGUCUUACGCAUUGUCUUUAAAAUCUUUUGUAUUGGGAAUCAUUCAGUCUUCGCAGUAUAUAAUUUGAUUUCGGAUUUUUUUAGGCGGUUGUUCCAGCUAUGGAUUUACCAAUGACUAGACAAGCAACACUGUCCAGUCGUCAUCGGAACUUUUGAUUGUCCUCAUUGCCCUCGACCCAGAAGAAGACCGCGCUCACAAAUCAAGUGAACUUUUUGAAAAGGCAUUUGAUUUGGAGAUAGAUAGCCACACGAUAAAACUUUGUCGACAACAACCACAACUACAUAGGCCUACUUUGGUUUUGCUGCACCCGCCGACUUCGCACAUGGGGUGACCCAACGAGGCUUCCUGGGCCACUGAGACGUGAUUCUGGGACGGGCACAGUCUCUCCCUCAGCCUUCCUGCCCUGCGUCCUGCCCCUGUCUCCCAGACGUCUCCUCUUGAGAGAAUGACCAUCGGCCCAGACCAGCUCUACCGCCACCAUACCACUGUGUGAAUGACUCUUUGCCGAAAAGCCACCGUGCUCUGCCACCCCGUCGUUGCCAUGAAGAGCAAGUAUUCCCAGUACUACAACCGGACCCUGAUCCAUACCCACUAUGUGUUUGCCAAGGACAUGACCUCGGAGGAGCUGGAGGAGCGCACGAAGGGGAAGGCCCAGCUCAGCUCCCUCAACAUCGUCUUUGUCAUCAUCUGCAGCAUCAUCAUUCUGGAGAACCUGCUAGUGCUCAUUGCCGUAUUCCGCAACAAGAAGUUUCACUCCGCCAUGUUCUUCUUCAUCGGGAACCUAGCCUUCUCCGACCUGCUGGCCGGCUCCGCCUACAUCGCCAACAUCUUCCUAUCAGGGCCAAGGACCUUUGAGUUGGUGCCGGUGCAGUGGUUCAUCCGGGAGGGCACGGCCUUUAUAGCGCUGGCCGCCUCCGUCUUCAGCCUGCUGGCCAUCGCCAUCGAGCGCUACAUCGCCAUCACCAAGGUCAAGGUGUACGGCUCCAACAGGACGUGUCGUAUGUUCCUGCUGAUCGGGGCGUGCUGGGUCACCUCCAUCCUCCUGGGGGGCCUGCCUAUUAUUGGCUGGAACUGCAUCAACAACCUGCCUGAGUGCUCAGCCUUGCUGCCUCUCUACUCCAAGAAGUACAUCCUGUUCGUGGUCACCAUCUUCAGCAUCAUCCUGCUCUCUAUCGGCAUCCUUUACGUGCGCAUCUACCUGAUCGUGCGCUCCAGCCACCAGGAGGCCACCAACUCUCCGGCCUACGCCCUGCUGAAGACAGUCACCAUCGUGCUGGGCGUCUUCAUCGUGUGCUGGCUGCCCGCCUUCACUGUCCUCCUCCUGGACACCUCCUGCCGCCGGCCGGACUGCCCCGUCCUCUCCAAGGCAGACAUCUUCUUCGGCAUCGCCACGCUUAACUCAGCACUCAACCCGCUGAUCUACACGCUACGCAGCAAGGACAUGAGGAAAGAGUUCCUCCGUGUGCUGUGCUGCUGGGGGCUGCUGACCAGCGGGCGCCCCACCGACCGAUGCCUGGUGCCCCUCAAGAGCUCCAGCUCUAUGGAGCACUGCACCAACAAACACGAACACCAGACCACACCCAUAAUGCAGGCAGAGUGCACCACCUGUGUCUGACUCAAUGCUAUAAUCACACAGUGUGUGUUUCUGAAUGUGAAUGCGUUUGUGUGCGUGCGUGUCUGAGAGACUGGGUGUGUGAGAGGGAUAGUGUGUGUGAUGGGGCUGUGUGCAGGUGAGGAGACUUAAAGAUGAAAGCACACCUGUGAACCCUCAACCCCCAUCCCCACUCCAGACCUGUGACACAGAAGACUGUUUGUCUGGAGAGAUGUCACAACAUAGUUGACUCUCAUUACAGUCAUACCUGUGUCAAUUCACAAUCAGCAUUCAACCGAUUCACCACAAGAGCGUGAUAACACAAUCAUCCUCGAGUGAAUUCACUAUUAUGCAAUGAAUUCACAAUCGUAGCUGAGACUUUUUUUUUUUUUUUUUUACAAUGUUUUAGUUUUUUUCUUAGGGACUCUCAACUAUCACAGAGUGAAGUCACAAUCUUUGUUGAGACUCUUAUUGAAAGCCAAAUCCACAGACACCAUUUAAAUAAUACAUCAUCGUGAUGCUGAGUUGUUGUUGGGGUGUUUUACAGCUCCCUGAUAAUGGAAAGCUUUCAAAUAUUGCACUUUGUAGACAUGUAAGCAUUGUGUGAUUAUUCAUGCUGUCACCCUCUUGAAAGGUUCAACCACAGAAGCCUCCCUGAGUGAAUUAUAUAUGUAUCCAUACAUACAAUACUCAUAGGCCAUUGCUCAUAUAGAGAGACGGGAGGCACCCAGGCAGUGACUAGUCCACAACUCAGUACUGCGCUCCACGCAGGCCAAAACCCUUACAAGUACCCCUCUAAACCAGGGCUAUAUAUCCUCAUAUAUAAAACAUGCAUAGAUCCCUUUGAUUAACUGCAAAAACAAAAGUACUCUGCUUACGUAUAUUGCAUGACAUUCUAACUCCUUUGUAAGAACUAAUGUGUAUUGGUGUACUCCAGUAAGUUCAGCUUGAUCAUUAACAUGCUUUCCCUCUCUCUCUCUCUCUGCCCACUUUUUAAUCUGUCCCUCUCGCUUUUACUGUUGUCUUUUGUAACUAAAGUUUCCUAAGAGGAAGGCCCAAACAGAAAACACAUUUCCUGAAGUGAGAAGGCACUGAUAAAUUUCACUCAAUGACAGCUACCCAGCAGCCCAUAACCAACAGGACUGUUGUCAUAACGAUGUUGUAGCAACACCGUGGCAGAGUGUGCUUUCUGUUAAUAUUGGGCCUUGCUCCAGGGGAAUGGGCCUGAAUGUAAGUAUGAAGUGUUUGGAGCGAGACCGCUCUAUUUUUCGACAGUAUUAUUGAUCAUUGACUUGUCAUUGACGUGCAGAGAGUGGGAUUAAACAGGGUAGGUCAAUCUCACUGUGAUGUCUUAAAAACAGACCACAACAAAUAACAGCAACAUCACCACCAAGCCAGUCCAGGUAGAAUGGUUGAAAAGCAGUACAGUCCUGUUCAACACAGGAAGACAUGGGAUUAUUCCGGAGUAGACACGUCUUCAUCUUCCCCAAUCCCAAUAAUGCCCCUCCAUAAACGAGAGAAGAUCCAGUUUCAAGGGGAGCGGGGUAUUCUCUUAGACACCUAAAUAAGCUCUACUUCCUCUAACCACAGGAAGUCCUGUGUUUCAUAAAUCGGUUCCUGUUGUUCAAGAUUAACCUCAUCUGCCUUUGUCCAGACACACACUCACUCACACUUGGCCACGCCUCUUCAUAUUUCCAUGCAGGUUUUUACAGCCUGCUAGUUAGACAGCCAGCCCUAGCCUGGAAUCCAAACUGCUAUGCUCUGUUACACAAUUGUUUCACUUCACAAUAAACUGAGAAUAUAAAUGUAGAUUCCAGGCUAGGCCAGACCGGUAGGAAUAGUGAAAGCACUUUGGCAGCUUCCAUAUUGCCUGAUUGCCUGCUCUCUCCCGGGUUUUAAAAGACAGAGAUGUGUUUUAGGCUGUGCAGACAUACCUAUCACUUCAUUCAUGUGUUGCCUAACCCUGUAUAAUUUUUAUAAAUAUAUGAAUAACUAUGUAUGUAAGUAUGUACAGUAUGUAUGUAUGUAUGAACUGUGUUCAUGUAUGGAAUGUCUUGUGUGCAAUAGCUUUGUGUGUCCAGUAGCACGCUACCUGUGUCAGACCGGUACAUCUUAAACACUAAUAGUGGUACAUAAUUUGUUUUUUCUUAAAUGCAUUCCUUUUUAUAAAAUAAAUUAAAUAUCAAAAGA